AGGGAGAGAGAGAGGAUAGGCUGCUUACCCACCGCAGCACCAACUAGACAACCCAAGAACUGCAGGUAUAAACAAACGCACGCAUUAUCUUGGCGGAUGACUGGGGGGUCUAUCUUAACGCGUUAAUUAGGUGUUUUCAAUUGGCAGGCGUUCUGACUGCUCGUUUAGGUUUGUCACAAGUUAAAUUGGGCGGAUUACGACGGCUGACAUUUAUUUCAAAACCAGCUUGUGUUGCUUUGGAGUCUUCCAUGUAUUGUGAGUGAAACAGCGAAGAAAUGACGGAGCUGCGAAAGAGGGGAGGAGGCGGAGACCCUGACAGCACAGAAAACAUCAGUGACAAGGAGACAGAUGGAGACGACAGACUGGGUUUGGGUACAGAGGGAGAGGGAGAAGGGGACGGGGAGGGCGACUCCAAGGCUGACACUCCAGACGUGCCCCCCUCCGUAGACAACACUCCACAGUGUCUCAACAAGGCCCUGGGGGGCCUGUCGUCCAGAUGGAAGAACUGGUGGAUACGAGGGAUUUUAUCAUUAACAAUGAUCUCAGGCUUUUUCCUCAUCAUCUACCUGGGGCCCAUUAUGCUUAUAGUGGUGGUCAUGAGCGUGCAAAUCAAGUGCUUCCAGGAAAUCAUCCACAUUGGCUACAGAGUUUACCAUUCCUACGAACUCCCCUGGUUCAGAACACUGAGCUGGUAUUUCUUGAUCUGUGUGAACUACUUCUUCUAUGGGGAGACGGUGGCUGAUUACUUCGGGGCACUAGUGCAGAGAGAGGAGCCUCUGCAGUUCCUGGUGCGCUACCACCGCUUCAUCUCUUUUGCACUGUACCUGGCAGGUUUCUGCAUGUUUGUGCUGAGUUUAGUGAAGAAACAUUACCGCCUGCAGUUUUACAUGUUUGCUUGGACCCAUGUGACGCUGUUGAUUGUGGUAACUCAGUCACACCUUGUCAUUCAGAACAUGUUUGAAGGGAUGAUCUGGUUCAUUGUUCCAAUCUCCAUUGUGAUCUGUAAUGACAUCAUGGCGUACCUGUUUGGCUUCUUCUUUGGGAGAACCCCCCUGAUCAAGCUCUCUCCCAAGAAGACUUGGGAAGGAUUCAUCGGAGGAUUCUUCUCCACAGUGGUCUUUGGGUUCAUUUUUGCCUACCUGCUGUCUCAGUACCAGUACUUUGUGUGUCCGGUGGAGUACAGCAGUGAGAGCCUCCGGUCCUUCAGCCUGGAGUGUGAGCCCUCGGAGCUGUUCGUCAUGCAGGAGUACACCCUGCCCCUCAUGGUGCAGAACAUCCUCAGAUGGAGGACGGUGAACCUGUACCCGUUCCAGAUCCACAGCAUCUUCCUCUCCUCCUUCGCCUCCCUCAUCGGACCGUUCGGAGGCUUCUUUGCCAGUGGCUUCAAGCGAGCCUUCAAAAUCAAAGACUUUGCCGAUACCAUUCCCGGACAUGGUGGGAUCAUGGACCGCUUUGACUGUCAGUACCUGAUGGCCACGUUCACGCAUGUUUACAUUGCCAGUUUUAUCAGAGGGCCCAACCCCAGUAAGGUGCUGCAGCAGCUGUUGAUCCUACAGCCGGAGCAGCAGCUCAGUAUCUUCAACACGCUUCGCUCCCACUUGCGAGAGAGGGGCAUGCUGCCCCCUGCUGUCCUGGAGGCCCAGUGAUCCAGCACACGCAGUGGAUGUGUGUGGGCCUAUACGUCAGUCACUCACACACAAAUGCACUGACACAGAUACUGUCACACACACACACACACACACACAUACAUACAAAAUCUCAAAUGCACACACACAAGCACACACACUGGUCCCUGCACGAGUUUCAUCAUUCAGCAUCACUGCGAUUGCGCCUAACGUCUCCUAGCAAUAGCUCGCUGCCGUGGCAACAGCUGACACAACAAUAAUAACAACAACAACAACAGCAGCAGCAGCAGCAGAAUUGGCAUCAGCCGUAGCGCUGCGCCCACCUCUCUCGUCCCCUGGGGUCCCGCGCGAGGAAACUCACAUCCCUGCUAAAGAGGACAGAGGCUCCAGCUACGUGAGGCACCCACCAUGAGGGCUUUUUCCAAUAAGCAGCACAGACACACUCUCUCUCACUCUCACACACACACACACACACACACACUCACUCUCGCUCAGUCACUCUCUGCUCUACUUUGUCAGUCUAUUCUCUCCCCCUUGGUACUCUCCUGCAGAUGAAGGCUGGAAAGCCUCAAAAGACAGGCAAAGAAAGGCAAAGACACAGAGGCAUAGGAGAGUGAGCAGGUGCAGGGGCUCUAGCGCCACCUGCAGUUUCGGAGACUUGGUUGCUUGCACUGAUUCCAAUCCUUUGGCCCUUUAUGCAAUCCUGGCUUCCAUUUGCACGGUGCGGUUUUUCUUGUCUUGUUCUUUUUUCUUCAGUUUUUCUGGGUCUUAAAAGCAAAUGAGCGAAUAGUGAAUGAGUUGACUUUUGCGGCGUAAAGACGGCGGCUCCAAACUCCGGUUUUUGCUCAUGCUUCAAUCCUUUGGCGAGCACGAGCCUCACAGUAGAUCUGUUUUGGGUGUGAGCGUGGAAGCGGCAUUUUUGCACCUCAGCAUGUUUUAAUAAGUCCUGUCGUACGCUGCUGACCUAAGCCAUGUCUUCCUCCCUUUGCACGUCAUCUUUUGUGUGUGUGUGUGUGUGUGUGUGUGUGUGUGUGUGUGUGUCUGUGUGUCUGUGGGUGUGUGUGAGUGAGUGAGUGAGUGAGUGUUUGUUUGGUGUGCUAGAUUAAACCAACCACAGUUGAUUUGCACCUUUGAGAAGUGUCCUCACAGAGAUGCAUUACUAUAGUAACCGGCACCUACAGAGGCUGACUCAAUAUGGCCGUGUGUACAUAUCUCCUGCAUAUGACUGUACAUAGAUAUAUUACACAUGAUAUAGAUAUUUAAAUGAAGAGAUCUAAUAUACACUUAUACCUGUGUGACUUGUCAGAUGCUAGUAUGCAAUUUAGAGAUAUAUAUAUAUGAAAAAAAAACAAUGAUAUGCAACUGAGCUAGAACUAUUUCAUUUUUCCUGCAAUGUCUAGCAUGAACAGGCUUAACAACAUGUGGGAGGGGGGUCAAAAUGUAACACACACGCACACACACACACACACACACACGCGCACAUACACAAGAAAUGUUGAUCGAAAUAGGAUGUUAAAAGAAAACGUUUCAACGAAAACUUGAACUGGUCCCUGCUGGUGUGUUGGUGAGCUUUCGGGAGUGUCGCUCGGUGGCUUCCAGGUGAAUUGUAACAUUGCUGCACAUCAAGCGUACCAGUCAGACUUUAGUUGCACUGCAUUGGGAGGGGAACCUACUGUAGGGGUUGUGGGGAGGUAAGAGAGGCUUCGCUCUCACUGAGCCUAUAGGGAAGGUUCUGGGCUUCAUUAUUGUCUUUGAUACCACACCUUUGUAUCUUGUUUGAGGACUCGAGGAUGGGUUGGCAUUUUGAGAAACACAGAUUAACACGAAAACCAAGCUAUAACUUAUCUUAAACUACUUUUAUGAGCAAUUUUAAGUGUAGAUAGUAGUGUUGGAGUGCAGGUUAGGAAAUCAUUUGAGGAAAAAACUAAAUAUUUAUGCGGUGUGUGUAAAUACUGUGCACAUUUAGGACGUUUUAUCUGUCAGUAUUGUAUCCGAUUUUAAGUUGAAAUUAAUACAAAUUUGGGUUUUCAAAUGAGGUCUCUCUUAAGAUCAGUAACAAGUAUACGUGUUUACCAAAUGUUAACCAAAGUCCUGAUGAAAUUCGGUUCUGUUAUAACACUGACUGUAGCGUCUGCCUCUGGCUGGGCAGUACAUCUUUGGACUGGAUGAUUCCAGCUGAAAGGUGGAAUAUGUGUCAUUGUGUCAUGUCGAUAAAACAAAUGUCUCUAUUUCCAAAAGACAAAACACAAUGCAAAAAUGCAGUUUUUGUAAUUUAUCUUUAGGGCUGUUAUUUGGGGGUUAUAGUGUGAAAAUGAAUUAACUCAUCAAUAAAGUUUAAUAAAAUAAGGAAAAUACAGUGCCCCGGUGACAGUGAGUAACAUCAUUGUGGUCGUUGUUGAAACAACGUCGUUAGUCAUUUUCACCACAGGAACUACAGUACAAGCUACACCUUUAAUGGCAUCUCAAGCACUUAAGUCACAAAGUGAUGAGUGGUCACUCUGUAAAAUCUCUAGCUUCCAGCACCUUUAACACUUUAUAAAGCCCAGGCUUUAUUAGUGAAGGAUUUGCUUAGCUUCAACGCCCCCCCCCCCCCCCCAUCCCCCCACCUUGCCUUAGUGCCCCUUGACCAUAAGAAGAGGCCGUUGGAGAGGGUGAGUGUUCAUGCUUGUGAAUUGGGACCAGUCAGACCAGCACUGUUGUCUAAGCCCCUGCUAACUUAAAGCUCCUCCCCCCUGACACUUCUGUGUGGCCCUCUGCAAGCUCAGACCCCUCCCUCCCCACCACAGCCCGCCCCUUCCAUGUUAGUCCCGCCCUUCCCUGGUCAUUCCUGUGUGGGAUUGGUUUACAGCUGCUACCCCUGCCGCUCGUCAUGGGCUUUACUCCUCCCCUUUCUACAUGUAUGAAUGUUGCAUGCACAGUAGGAUUCUACAAACCCCUUCUGACCAAAAAGAGAAAAGCCUCUAGAUGCAGGUGUCAAUAGCAAAAUAGUUUUAAAAAAAUAAAAAAAAAAUAUACUACAUGAACAAAAAAAAGAAAAAGAAAAAAAUCAAGGCAUAAAAGGAGUCACGUUUGUAAUGAUUCUAUCAAAACUUGUGACACAUGAGUUUUAGUUGAACUACUGUAGGUCUUGCACGGUUUUUCAAUUAUAAUGUGAACCAAGCUAUGUAUUAGACUAGAGUUCUCUGUGCUGUAGUUUGAACAGCCGACAUGUCCAGACUCAUGGUUCAUAUAUAUACUCACUGUUGUUUUUGUCUUGCAAGACAACAUUUGGGGUCUCUAUUUUUGUUUUCUUUUUCAGUGAUUAUUUAUCAAUAUUUUAUGUUUGAUUUAACAGAUUUUUUUUUUUUUAAUAUAAGUCUAUGGCUUUUAACGAGGGUAAUAUUUAAUUGCGUAAAUUUUGUGAUGGACAUACAUGAACAAAGCUGAAGUAAUAUGGGCAAUACAGUGCGAUCCAGCAAAAAAAUAUGGUGACUUGAAACUACUAUUAUUAUUGUUUUCAUUAUUAUUAUUAUUAUUAUUAUUAUGCUAUGUAUGGAGGUGAAUAAAUCUUCUAUUUUUUUUCUUUA